UUUUCCUGCGCUGGAGUUGAUUGCUUCUUCAGGUACAUGGACGAGCUUACCUGCUUUCUCUAAGCUCCCCGUAUCAAGUCGAAUCGACAACGCAAACUGCGCAUGGACCACCAUAUUGCCCGAACGGGAGUCUCAACGGCCCCCCUUUCCCCAUUCACGUUUCCCAUCAUGGAGUUCCGGACAUGGACGCAGGAAGGAAGGCCACAGGAACGAAUCCAGACUCCCAUAUUGACACGGUGAGCUCGAGUCAUUCCGUCAUCUAUCCCACACUUGCGAAAUGGGCGUUUCUCCCUGCUGUCCGAGAUACUGGGUCGCACAUGCCCAGGUUGUCACCUGGCGAUCUAAGCAUGUGCAGGGUGCGAGAUUGCUGGUCCUGUGAUAGAGUAUGGAAUGAUAACUUCUGUGACAUCUUAUCAGUAUGUGAAGAGACUGAGGGUAGGAGGAUCUUGUGCGCUGAGACUGAGUGGUGUCAGUAGUAAUGUUCGCAGAGUGCCAUACCUGGGAUUUGUCCUGAAAGUGCUGGAACUGCAAUGACGAGUCGUACGGUAUAUUAUUUUUGCCUCAAGGCAAAAAGAUAUCGCUUACGAUCACAUUUGCACGAGUUUGACAGGGCUGUAGCCUUUCAGCAGAAACAGAGUAAUGUAUCAGACCAUUCAUAGCCCACACGGUCUGUCAUUCAUUGCCUGUGGUGCCUAUGACCGAAGUGAGCUUCGAAGUAGCUAUUGGUUGAGCAAAGCCUACGAAAUUUUCGUAUAGCACUGGUCUACUAUGUCUUCCUUGAUAAAUACUGCCAGUGUGUCGCCCAGCCUC